AUGCAGCGCAGGAUGAAGGAGCUGGAGAGAGACGGAGGAGGAGGAAAGGCUGGAAGUACGAAAGAGAGGGACCAGAGCUGGAUUCCCAAGAUCAUCAAGAAGAGACUGUGCACCACUUUUGUUGAAGACUCUUUCAGUAAUGGAGCAUUGUGUCAGUGUGGUGGUGUGCGGGAGGUCCAUGACUCCGUGGCAACAGGGGACUAUUUUGGAGCAGCUAUCGUCACCCAGUGGGACAGCCGACAGCACUCCUCAGAGUGUCCCACUGACGCCUUCGGAGAGCUGGAGUUUGCUGGCGCUGGACGCAGACACAGUCAUUUUCUGCGGCUGUCAUGUGACACGUCUCCUCAGAUCAUCUACACCCUGAUGACGGCUCACUGGGGUCUGCCCUCACCCAACCUGGUGGUGUCAGUGGUGGGGGGAGAGGGCCAUGGGAAGAUCAAGACGUGGGUGAGAGAUGUCCUGAGAAACGGGCUAGUCAGGGCCGCACAGAGCACAGGGGCCUGGAUCUUGACGGGGGGUCUGAGGGAGGGUGUGUCCUGCUGUGUGGGUGAGGCCGUGAGGGACCACGCUGCUGCAGCUCCAGCUCUCUCCCAGAAGAAAGUGAUUGCUGUGGGACUGGCUCCCUGGGGCCUGGUGCACAACAGGCAGCAGCUCGUCAACGCCCAGGGCAGUUUUCCUGCUCGCUACUAUGUCCAGAACACGUCACGUGACUCCUUCUGCCUGGACAAUAACUGCCAGGCUUUCCUCCUGGUGGAUGAUGGGAGUCUUGGUCGCCGGGGUGGAGAGGCCGCCUUUCGUGCUAAUCUGGAGGACUACAUUUCCCAUCAGCGCACUGGCAUCUGGGGAAGUGGCAGUAUUGAGAUCCCAGUCCUGUGCAUGCUCAUCUCAGGAGACGCCAAUAUGCUGGAGAGACUAGAUGCCUCUCUGAAGAAAGCUACACCCUGGCUGGUUCUGGCUGGUUCUGGACCAGCUGCAGACCUUAUCAGUGAGCUGCUGUGCAACCUGUCCUCUGUCCCCCUCAGUCCCACCUCUCCCUCUGCAGAGGGGGAGGCCGCUCAGGGCCUCAGCGCAGAGCUUCGCGACAGGGUUCGUGACAAGGUCCGGAAACACUUCCCAUCUGAAGCAGAGCUGGAGAGACUGGUGGACAGUGCUCUGAGCAUCCAUCAGAACAGAGAGCUCAUCACUGUGUUCCACGGAGAACAGGAGGGUUCUGAUGAGUUUGAUACAGUUCUCCUCAAAGCCCUUGUUAGAGCUAGUAAACGUGUGUGCAGUGCAGCCAGUGAGUGCACAGAGGAGUUGAAACUGGCUGUGGCCUGGAACAGAGUGGACAUCGCCAAAGCUGAGCUCUUCAAUGGCGACAUACAGUGGAAGUAUGAGGACCUGGAGGACUCCAUGACAGAUGCACUGAUCAAUGACAAGCCUCAGUUUGUGCGUCUGUUUUGUGAGAACGGUCUGAACAUCCUGGACUACCUGACGUACCGGCGUCUGGAGAGUCUGUACCGCUCUCUGUCAGACAGCUAUCUGGUCUACACGCUGCUGCAGAGGCGUCUGAGUGAGAGACAGGCCCUGGCUGGGUCCCUGCCCAGCCUGGACAGGUCUGUGACGUCCCCCCUGAAGAGUCCUCAGAGUGCUCUCACUGGACCGGCCUCUGCAAUGGAGCUGAGCCUGUAUGAGGUUUCCCGUCUGCUGUGGGACCUGCUGGGUGACGUCUGUCAGCCUUUCUACUACGGACCUCUAGGCCUGGACCCCAGCUCCAGCUUCAGGAGGACUCUCAAGCAAGUCAAUAAGCUGCUGCUAGGAGAAUGUCUGUACCGAGACCAGCGCUGCCUCUCACCCUGGGCGGCCCUCUUCGUCUGGGCCGUCCUGCAGAACCGCAGGGAGAUGGCUGUUUACUUCUGGGAGAUGGCGGGGGAGUCAGUGUUGAGCGCUCUGGGGGGCUGUAAGGUGCUGAGGGAGCUCUCUAAGCUGGAGAGUGAGACUGAAAACAAGCUGGCCAUGAAGGAGCUGGCUCAGACGUUUGAGGACCUGGCACAUGACGUGUUUGGAGAGUGUUACCAGAACAGCGAGAGCCGCGCCUUCACUCUCCUUAUAAGGAAGUCUCCAGUGUGGGCCGGGGCUACAUGUCUGCAGAUGGCCACUGCAGCUGACGCCCGCCUGUUCUUCAGCCAUGAUGGUGUUCAGUCUCUGCUGUCUCAGAUCUGGUGGGGUGAUAUGGAGAGGAACACUGAGGUCUGGAAACUGGUUCUCACCUUCUUCCUGCCCCCCCUCCUCUACACAGACCUCAUCAGCUUCAGGGAACAAGAGGAGGAGGUGAAGUCCGUGGAGCUGUACCAGGGCAGAGACACCGACAGUCUGGAUGGGAAUGAUGCCACCGUCUUCUCUCUUGCUGACAUCAUACAAAAUGAGGAAGACGCUGAAGAGUUGCGGGCUCUAAAAGAAAAACUCAGAGACUCUAUGUCAUCCAACUCUAAGAGACCGUUCAUUGUGUCCCGGUGGAGACAGUUCUGGUUCGCCCCCGUCACCUCGUUCCUUGGUAACGUUCUGAUGUACUUCUUGUUCCUCUGCCUGUUUGCCUACGUUCUGCUGGUGGACUUCAAGCCCCCACCUCCUGAUGGUCCCUCCACUCUGGAGUUUGUGCUUUACUUCUGGGUUUUCACCUUAGUCUGUGAGGAGAUUCGACAGACCUUCUUCGUGGGCAGCACCUUUGUGCUCCAGAGGAUGAGGAACUACAUCCAGGAUGUAUGGAACAAGUGUGACCUGACAGCCAUCAUUCUCUUCACUCUGGCUAUGUGCUGCAGGAUGUUUCCCUGGUCCUAUGAGUUUGGCCGAGCUGUCAUGGCCAUAGACUUCAUGGUCUUCACUCUACGUCUGAUUCACAUCUUUGCCAUACACAAACAGCUUGGACCCAAGAUCAUCAUUGUUGGCAAAAUGAUGAAGGACGUCUUCUUCUUCCUCUUCUUUCUGGCUGUGUGGCUAGUGGCUUACGGAGUGGCCAAUCAGGCUCUGCUCUACUCAUACGAUCCACGUCCCAACUGGAUCUUCCGCCGAGUCUUCUACAGACCAUACCUACACAUUUUUGGACAAAUACCUAUUCAUGAGAUGGACGCCGACAAACUUGGGGAAGUAAACUGUACAAACGACGCCUCACGAAUCGAGGCUGGAGAGGAGCCAUGUGUCAGUACCUACGCCAACUGGCUGGUGGUCAUCCUCCUCGUCAUCUACCUGUUGUUCACUAACAUUGUGCUGGUCAACCUGCUCAUUGCCAUGUUCAGCUACACCUUCUCCAAAGUUCAGGAGCGCAGUGACACCUACUGGAAGUUUCAACGCUACAAUCUGAUCGUGGAGUACCACUCAAGGCCCUGCCUGGCGCCACCAUUCAUCAUCAUCUCACACCUCCACCUUUUCAUCAAGAGACACAUCCGCCGCAUCUCCUCAGUCAAGAGCAAACAUUUUGUUCUGGAGUUACGGGGCAGGAAGGCCAGCCGCCUCAACACAUGGGAGGCCAUCCAGAAAGAAAACCACCUUUCAGCUCAGAAUAAACGUCAGAGGGAGACUGACACAGCUCGACUGAAACGUACAUCUAUCAAGGUGGACAAUGUGCUGAAGCAGAUGUCAGAGAUCCGUGACCACGACCGACGGUUGCGGCUGUUGGAGACGGAGCUGGAGUACUGCUGCAGCGCCCUCAGCUGGAUGACAGACGCUCUGUCUCAGAGUCCUCUGGUAAAGGCAGAGCACCCCCCUCCACUGCUCAGAGAUGUGACUCCACUGUCUCCAAGCUGAACUCAACUCCAGUAUCACACACACACAGUUUACUCAGGGCCAUUGUGUCAGACAUUGUUUGCUGUUCAUUUCAUUUUGAGGUGUAUUUUAUUUAGGACUAAUAAUAUGUUGUUUUAAAUGUUUUUACAGUAGUGUCAGAAGACACUGCUGCUGUGUUACAGUUCCUCCACCUGAAGUUUUUAGUUAGAGUUUAAGUUGUAACCAGAGAGUGCCUUGUUAAAAUCUCUGUUAAUGUGAUUAAAUUAGACAAUUAUUGUCAUUAAUGAAAUAAGAUGCUGCUACAUGAUCAGAGAGCUCAACCUACAGUCAGUAAAGCUGUACUGAUCAAUACUUUUAUAUCAGCAAUGGAUCAAAUGCCUAUAAUGAGCAUGACUUACUUACCCUUAGCUCUACUCACACCAGGAACACACUGUCUGUGUUGUG